GCGACAGGUUUGAAUGGCAACAUAGAUUCAUGUGUAGGUGUAAGCUGGGGGCAACGAGAAAUCCACAGGCAGAAAUUGUAUUUGAGAAUACUUUCCUAAUACCUGGUCACAUAUAUUCGUCUGUACUAUGGGCCCUGUCGAGCACCUCCACAUGUCCGUGUUCUCCCAGAGUUUCUCUCCUUGUGGUCGCUUCCUAGCCGCUGGCAAUAACUAUGGUGAGAUAGCAGUGUUCAGUCUCUCCUCUGCGCUUAGUCCCGAUGCUACAGACCUGAGCCAGAAACCCAUCCUUACCUUUACGGCACACGAAGGGCCUGUUUUCUCUCUUCUCUCCACUGACUCUCAUCUCUUGAGUGCCGGCAAUGGAGAGGUCAGUGCCUGGAGCUGGGCGGAACUCAUCAAGAGGAAUACCAAGGCUGCUUGGACAAGGAGACCAAAUUACAAAUCCAGCCUGGAGAUCCCAGAAAUCAAUGCGAUGACGAUGAAUCCCACUGAGAACAGUCUUGUGAUUGGUGGAGGGGACAAUAACAUCCAUAUAAUGGAUCUGGAGAGUGGCAUCUUUAAGUCGGUUCUCCAGGGUCAUACUGACUACAUCCACUGUCUGAGUGUGAGAGAGCGGGAGGGGGAGAUUCUCUCUGGUGGGGAGGACGGUGCUGUCAGGAUAUGGGACUGCAGAACCGGCCACUCUGUGCACUGCAUAGAGGUCUUCAAAUAUGAGGACUGCGCCCGUCCCCAGUAUGGCAAGUGGAUCAGCUGCCUGACCACCGAUUCUGAUUGGAUGCUCUGUGGAGGAGGCCCAUCACUUUCUCUGUGGCACCUCCGCUCCAUGUCACCCACCUCCGUUUUCCCUCUAUCUGGAUGCCAGCGACAAGCCACCUUCUACCAAGACAUGAUUUUGUCAGUGGGCGAGGGACAGUUUGUGUCCCACUGUCUCAUGGGUGGAGAGGUGAAGGCUCAGAUUCCCUGCACCCCACACUCCCUCAACACGUUGGCACUCAACCUCAACAGCACUGAACACAGGGUGCUGACCGUAGGUGGCAGCAGUCACCAGAUUGAUGUUUUUGCCAACCUGUACUACAGAUCCUUUUCUCUGUCUUUCUGAGGAUCACCCAACCCACACCCACACUCAUCCAGAUUUACACUCAUAAUGUAGUAUGUUUUGAUUAAAUGUACUACAUAUACCAAUUCUGUACAUAAAACAUAUUCCUCUCUAUUUCCACAAGGAUGCUUAAUCCAGAGAGGUAUUCAUUUCCUAUAAUAAAACGUUGUGAUUUGCAUAACAUUUAAUCAGUUUCUAUUUGACAAAUUCAACUACCUACCUCCCCAUUUUGUGAAAAUUAAAAAGGGGAGGGACCUAGCCUAUUAGAAAAUCUGUUCAAUUCAUGCAAUUUCUCCUGAUGUUUUAUAUUCAAUAAAAUUUGUAUCACUUUUCCAUAA